AUGCAAAAAAAAAGCUGCUACAAGAUAAAAACUGAAAGACAAAAAAAUCCCUUUUUCACCAUUUGUGCCAAAAUUAUCUAUUUUCCAUGGUCUGGCAACUCAGUUUCUUCUUCGAAUUUUGAUGAGUUCCUGCGGCAAUUCAGUUUAAAUUUGUUCGGUUUCGGGCUUCUGAGAAUCACACACAUGUGACAUUGUUUUGUAAUUUCCCCAGUAUUGAUUCAUUGAAUAUUAUAAUUCAAAAUAAAACAUCAUUAGGUGUUGUGAUAUCGAUGCCUCCUGUAAGAAGUGAUUUACGGAGCUAUUUUGUAAAAUAGAGUUUAGGUGGGAUAUGCAAGUUAUGCAAUUGUGAGGUUAAGACUUCAGGAAACGCGACCAACUUAAAGACAAACAUCUAACCCGAAGACGUCAGAAAUAUUACAUUUCUGCAUUAAAGAGAAACCGAACGUAUAUCAUCUUUGUGAUCAAUGGAAAAUACCUUUGUCUAAAGUUACAGAUAUUGUCACUGAUAAGGGUGCAAAUAUUGUUAAGGCUGUGUGUGAUGUUUUUGGUAAAAAUAAACAUUUGCCAUGUUUCGCACAUACACCUGAUUUAGUCGCGUCAAAAAUUACUGACCAUGUUGAACCUAUAAAAGUUAUUAUAGAAAAAAUCAAAAAAAUUGUUACAUAUUUCAAACAAAGUGUUGCAGCAUCAGAUCAAUUAAGAAAA